GAUAUUCAUAGAUAUAUUGUGGUUGGAUUUUUAUUUGGAAAAAUAUCUUGUUGAAAUCACAUUAUCUUGCUUAGGUGUUGUUAUUAUUUCAUUUUUGUAAAACUGGAGUACUGUUUUUUACUAUUUCGUGAUAGUUAUCUGCGUUAAAACAACUAUAUUGUGUUUUUAAAGACGGAUCAAUAUUUUUGCGCAUUGGAAGUUCCUUUCGGGAGACUUAACUUAUCGAGUGCUUGACCUAGAUAAAAUGAACAAAUUUUACUAAAAGUGCUAUUGUAAUAGUGAGCGAAUAGUUUUGAGCAAGUUAAUUUAUCGGUUGGUAAAAAAAUCUUCUAUUUCUGUCUGCAGAAGUCAAUAUUGUGCUGCUCAAGUUUAAGCAUUCGCGAUCAAUUCAGAACUUAUUUCAACUGUUGAUGACCUUGUAGACCGGGAAGGGAAAUAGUAACCGAGAAAUCGGAAAAUAUUGAUAUGUCUUUCUUAGUUAACAGUGAUUGUUAAUAGUUUGUUGUUGCUAUUUCGUUUUAAGAGAAGAACAUAAAUAUUCAAAAUGUUUUCUGGACUAACCAAUCAAGUCAGUUCUUGGAUGGGGUCUGUUAAAGGUGACCAAGAAGAAAAAGUUCCCACCCCUACUGAGGAGAAUACUAGCAUUGAUACUGCCGCCCCUGAAAAGAAAGAUAUUAGUCCAACCAAAGCUGGUAAAUUGGACAUGUUCUCUAAUGUGAAAAGUCAAAUUGGUGGUAUAGGAGGUUGGCUAGGUUCAAAUAUUCCAAAAUUCCGAAAUAAAGAAGGAGAAGAGCAAGAUCCUAAUGAUCCACAUCAGUAUCAACCAGUUGGAGAUGCUGAAGCUCCUUCAGACAUAGUUAAUGUUCAAAAGAAAGAUGAAGACGAUGAUAAUUCAAGUCUUCAAAUUUGCAGUGCUACGGGUGGAGCUGAUUCUGCUCCUCAGUCUGUUCCAGAAUCACCAACUGAAGAUAAGGAUGGUCAAUUUGGCAAUGUACAAAGUAAAGCUAUAGCAGGUGCAAAAUCUUUUGGAAGUUUCUUGUAUUCUGCUGUCAAUAAAGCUGGCAAGACUGUGAGUGAAGCUGGAGCUAAAAUUAAAAAGACAGUUGAAGAAAAUAGCAUUUUGGGUGAAUUUAACAAAGAACAAGAAGCAUUUGUUAAACAACAACAGCAGGGAGAUGCAUCCAGUGCUCUCCCUCCAUGGGUUGGUUCUCCAAAUGAGGAGAGUUUGAAAGAAGAAUGCUUAAGCUUGUCCACAGACAGGCGUAAUUUCCUUCGUAGUCCACCAGCAGGUGUUGAUUUUCACUUUGACUAUGAUAUCUCUUAUCCUGUUGCUAUGGCCAUUAUGGAGCAGGAUCCGAAUUUGGAAAAAAUGCGCUUUGAACUUGUGCCUAAAGUAAUCAGUGAAGAAAACUUUUGGAGGAACUACUUCUAUCGUGUUAGUUUAACUUGUCAGGCUAAUGAAUUGAAUAUGAUGUCUAGAGAAGGUGAAAAUCAGCCCGGUACUGAAACCGUUACUUCUGGGCAACCAAUAGAAAAAACUGAAAAGAGCCAAGGGUCACAUGAAUUUGUUUCUGAUACUUUGCAAACUUCCUCUAAAGACCUUGUUGAAGUGCAGGAAGGUAUGAAGAAAUUAACUCUUGGCUCUAAAAUCAAAGCUUAAGAGGAAAGGGUCAACAUAGCAUCCGAUAAGGUUUCUAAUACUCUUCUGUCUUAGUGUAUUUCAUUUGAUAUGCUAAGAGUUGGGAGCUCUUGCAUUAUCAUAAUCAUAAAAAAAAGAAACAAAAACAAAUUACUUUGCCUGUAUAACAUAUGUAAUAUAUUGUUAGAGGGUAAUCAAUCCUUUAUAGAACAGUAUUAAUAAUUUGUAUUGUGAUCAGUACCUAUCUGCUAAUUUAACUAUGUAUCUGGUGGUUCCCACACUGCCGCGCUCUCCUUAACUACUAAGUGGUUCUUGUAAUUAGAAGUCACAGCUUCCUCUUUAUUUUUUUGUUUUAUUUUUGAGAUAUGUGCUAACACUAAUAGUAAAUACUCAAAUACUGCAUUGGUUUAGGAGGAAUCAAACUUUUAACUGCACUUUAUCUUUCCUGCAGAAACAUAACACUUUUGAGCAUCAAUUGUUUGAAAAUGUUUAUGUACAUCUAUCAUAACAAUCACUUAUUUAAAUAAAAAAUUAUUAAGAAGCAUUUUAACUGUAUUUCACAAAAGAAAAUUUGAUUUCAAAGUAAGCCCCAACGAAAUACGUGUAAGCUAACGGCGCUCUGUUUUCUUGUAACUUUAAUAUUUCAUAUUAAUUUAAUUAUUUAAUAUGCAUAUUUACAUGUGGUUUUUACUUGCACAUUAUCACAUGAAAUUAAUCUUGAAUAGGUAUUUUGCAUAUAAAUACACAAAUUGUUACCACCUUGCCCUUUAUAAACACGAAGUGGCAAGUGCUUUUUUUUUCUUAAUAAGAGGUAAAUAAAAAUAAGGAGCAAAGCUGUAAUCUUUUUAUUAGAUCCUCUAAAUGUUGUACUUAAAAUGUGAACAGUAUUUUGUGUUAAUAUACAUGUAAAAAUGUGAAAGUUCAUGAACAAGGUGAAUCGAUGUUCAAAUGACAAUAUCUUUAUAAUUGAUUUUACUUGCAAGUGGUUAAGUAUUCUGGCAUACUAUGCUUAAAUGGUAUUCGUAUUAAAUUAGAUUGAAAACGUCCAGGAUUACUGUUGUUAUGUUUGGAAAAAUGAAAUUGAUGGAGAUAUUUGCUGCCAUAUCCUGGACACUUACGUUUGUUUAUCUGUAUAGUUUAACUCAACUGUCUGAUACUCUUGAAGCGUUUACAAAAUUUUAAAAUGUACCUUUAAGAAUGUUGUUGGCAAUAGUUUGCAAAAUAUAAAAGUUGAGAAAGUUG